GCAAGUCCGAGGUAGGAUAGCGUAUCAUUUCACUGCAAGAAUCAGAGUGUAACAGCAGAGGCAGGAUCAGUAUCCAGGAUAGAUUUGCACUUUUAUUGUGUAUUGAUUGACAGUUUAUGGGAAAUUCCCGGGUACAGCUGGGAAGCAGAGUGCAGCUGGGAUUGUUCACUACAGGAGCUGCCUACCCCAUGGCUGACAGCACAUUGAUUGAGGAGAGCCGACCCUAUGGCUAUAAGGAGGGUUUGGAAUGGGGCUAUGAAGAAGGAGUGGAAUGGGGACUGUUGUUUCCUGAAGCAAAUGGAGAGUAUCAGUCCCCGAUAAACCUGAACUCCAGAGAGGCAAAGUACGAUCCUUCACUAUUGGAAGCACGUUUAUCACCAAAUUAUGUUGUUUGUCGAGAUUCUGAAGUAAUUAAUGAUGGUCACACUAUUCAGAUACUGCUGAAGUCCAAAUCAGUUUUAACUGGUGGCCCACUGCUUGGAAGUCAUGAAUAUGAAUUACACGAGGUUCGAUUUCACUGGGGCAAAGAGAACCAGCGUGGUUCUGAACACACUGUUAAUUUUAAAGCAUUUCCAAUGGAGCUCCAUCUUAUCCAUUGGAACUCUACUUUGUUCAAAAAUGUUGAUGAAGCUCUGGGAAAGAAAAAUGGAAUAGCGAUCAUUGCUUUGUUUGUCCAGAUAGGAAAGGAACACCUAGGUCUAAAAGCUGUCACUGAAAUCCUUCAGGAAAUCCAGUACAAGGGAAAAUUGAAGACCAUACCAUGUUUUAAUCCCAAUACCUUACUUCCUGAUCCACUCCUUCGAGAUUACUGGGUAUAUGAAGGCUCUCUGACCAUCCCACCAUGUUGUGAGAACGUGACCUGGAUCUUAUUCCGAUACCCACUCACAAUCUCUCAGUUACAGAUAGAAGAGUUCCGAAGAGUACGAUCUCAUGUUAAAGGAGCUGAGCUUCCUGAAGGAUGUGAUGGGAUUUUAGGAGACAAUUUUAGACCAACUCAGCCUCUCAGUGAUCGAAUUGUCAGAGCUGCAUUCCAAUAGGAAAUGCUGAUGCUAAACUGAAUCAUUUCCAGAAAUGGCCAUUCAUCUGUUUAGCGAAUUUGGUAUGAGUCCCAGAGGAAACAUCUUCAAAUAAAAGGAAAAUAUGCUUUGGAGCACCCUUUGCAUCAUCAGGACAACCCGAAAUGCUUCACAAGCAGUGACGUACUAUUCAAGUGGAAUCUCCGUUGUAACACAGGAAUCUCAGCUGACAACAUUUAGCAAAAUACGUGUGUUUUUCCCCCCUUGUGAUUGUGUAUAAGAGUAUCUUUGAAAGUGUGCAUUGUUAUGAAGCAGGGAUUCAUAGUAAAAUCUUAUCUGCUUGCCUCUAAAUUGAUCCAGAACUAACUCCUAAUUAAAAAGAAAUUAAUCUAUUUUUCCAAAUCAACCUUUUUCAGAGAUGUUAAUACACACCUCUGGGGAAGGUGGGACUUGAAGCUGGCCACAAGAGGUCCCCUUCAGAACUUAAUUUUAAAGGUUCGAGCCAAUUCAAAGGUUCAUUAUUUUGCCCUCAACAUCCCACUUACCCAAAAUAAUGAAUUUAAUUUGUUCAAUCUUCUUUUCCACAGAAAGAGUGGUGAUUUUCAUUGGUUUGAAUUGGUCCAUAGUAAAACAAAUAAACUAAAAUGUUAACAGUUUCUCACCCCAUUUGUUCUUGAUAUCAGAAAAAACAGUUUUGAAAUUUAGUUGUACUGAAGAAAACAAUAAGGUGGUGUGACUGCUUCAGCAGUUUAUAAAUACAUGAAGCAUAGAUCUGAAAGCUGUAAGAAGUAUAUUUAUGGCACAGGGCUUGUUUUGACCCUGUUGAGUAGCACAUAGAUAAAAUUAUUCUACUGAGUAAUUUGUAAGACAGGAAUUCUACAGUGGUAGACAGCACAGAUAUAUUGGAACUGUUGUUUUGUUAUUCCAUAUGUCUGAUCAGUCAAAUGAACAGGGUGAACCUUCUACUAAGGAAUUUCUCAG